AUGCUCCAAUUUUUCCAUCUGAACGAUUCGUGCGACACGCGUCUGGCCGUCAUAAGACAGAGCGGGUCGUCUUCUGUAAAGAUUAACCUGCAAAGUGGCUACAGUAGCAGACAUUUUAAAAUUGUUUUGUCAAGCAUCAAGCAGUCGAAAGAACCAGCACACAAUUUAACCAACGGACUUCUUCUCAUGCAAGAGGUGUUUCGAGCCGACAAGCGAAUAGGUGUGCCUCAGAUCGGCAUUAUAUUUGUCGUCGGUAAGUCCCAGGAUGCAACGCAAGUUAUGCAAGUAGCCGAAAGUCUUCUGUCAGAUGAAGUUAUUCUCUUUGCAAUCGGCACAAAGCAGACGGGAAAGGAAUUUCCGGCUAUUUUUCUUAUAUUUUUCUCUUUCUUUUUUUCUUUCUUUCUUGCUUUUGUAUUUCCAUUUACUUCCUUUUUUUUUCUUUUUUACUUUCUUUCAAUUUUCAUUUCUAAUUUCGCUUUCUUUCUUUUUUCUUUCUUUCUGUCACAUUUCCAUUUCUAG